ACAACUCAGAAAUCACUGAACCCAAAAGCAUGAAUUCAAAAGUUAGUAAUCCUUUAAAAUCCUUUUCAUCAGACCAGAACAAAUAAUACAAAUAGUCAAAAACCAAGCAGGAAGAAUCAAGAAGACAAAACCCAACAAGCGGGAUUAAACAGGUAAUGGAUGGAACACUGGAUGGAGAGACAUGGCAACCAGGCCAUCGGGAUGAAGGUUACGGGAUCUGGGGCCGGUAGGAUGAGGACGAGGAUGAGGAUGAUGAUGAUGAUGAUGAUGGUGACCAGGUGUGGAAAUGGGGGGUUAAGCUCAGGUGAGGAUAACGAGUUGAUACAAGGCGGACGAGGUUGACAUAAUCUGUAACGAGGGAGUGAGUGAUGUCACAAUAAAGGUGAGCUUGGGACUCGUUGUGCUUCGCUAACAGUACUUUAGCUCGGUGUGGAAAAUUUAAAUUUAAAAAAAGUACUAAUAAAAGAUCACAAUAGAGAUCUGUUGCAGGGUGUUCUUGUGCGCCAUAUACAUGCAUAUCAAAUGUAUUGUGGUGAUGUGUUGAAUCAUUUGACAUAUGUAUCUUUUAUUUCAGACCAAUUGGCAGUUACAGGCUCUGAAAUCCAUUUUUUCCAUCCAUCAGCCGAUUAUUCUGAGUGAGGGAGUCCUCACACUUUAUUUUAAGAGUCAGAUUGUCAGUAUUUGUUUUUUAAAUCUCUGAUCUGUUCUCUGGUUUGAGGUGGGCAGGGCUGUGACGUCGUGUCAUUCGUACACACAUGUGUACCGAUGAUGAUUUAGUUUAUCUAAAUCUAAAACGGACGACAGUUUGAACGUAAUCUCAUUGUUUUCACACAUUUCAAGUUGCAGGUAAACAUUUUGAGUUUCAGACUUGAUUAAUAAAGAAUACCGUCCCUCCUGGUAGGAUUCAUCCGCUCUGCUUGGCCGUCCGGCCUUUUGCACUUAAACGCGAUAACGCCGCAAUACACCUGAGAUGAAUACUUUAAAUGCCGCUGAUCGAGUUGGAGCGGAUCAUUUUCAUGUAACACUUUUGUAACGAUGAUCCCCGAAGCUUAAGCAACAAAGGAGGCAGCGAGAUCUGCCUCUUGUCAGCGUUUACGAUGGGGAGCACUUGCGUGAUUAGAUGUCUCGCAAUCGAUGCCGCUUCUUCUCCCAAUCAUUAAAACGGCUCUUAACAGAUUACAGAUUACAGACCCCCCCUCCCAAACAGCCCCUCUCCUCUUUCUGCUCCUCCUCCUGUCUCACACACUCUCGUUCUCAGCGGAUAGAACGGGAGACUUGCCUCUUAAGCACUUUUGUUUUUGGUGGGGGGGGGGGGGGGUGCUUUUCCUUUGAAUUUCAUCCCGUUCGGGGAGGGGAGAGCGCUUUCAUUCACCGCGAAGCAACAGCUGCUCCUCCGGAGGUUCAUCCAGAGCGCCCCCGAAGAGCGGAGGAGCGGCAUGAAAAAGACUAAACUCAACAAGAGGCGGUGGUGAAUGGCUCACGACGAUGGACAACCUGCUGACGGUCUUCUGUCCCCUGCUGCUUUUAUGCUUUGAUCCCUCUGCGGCCACGAGCCUCAUCACAGCGGAUAUAAUCGAAGCCAGAGGUCAACGCAUGUGCAAGGCAGGAAAAGGCCGGCCGUGUUACAAGCUGGCCUACUUCUCUGAGCUCCGGCGCCGGCUGAACUUCGUAGAGGCCGAGCUGGCCUGCCGGCGGGACGGAGGGCAGCUGCUGAGCGUGGAGUCCGAGUCCGAGCAGAAGAUCGUGGAGCGGCUCGUCACGGAGCUGCGGCCCACCGACGGAGACUUCUGGAUCGGGCUCCGCCGUAACCACGGAGACGAGGAAAGCAACGCAGACUGCUCUUCGCAGUACUACUGGCUGGAUGGCAGCGAGUCCACGUUUAGGAAGUGGCAUUGGGAUGAGCCAUCCUGCGGCUACGAGGUGUGUGUGGUGAUGUAUCACCAGCCGUCCGCUCCCCCCGGUCUCGGGGGGCUCUACAUGUUCCAGUGGAACGACGAUAAUUGUGAAACCAGGAACAACUUCAUCUGCAAAUACACUGCCGAGAAACCACUGGAGCCGUCCCCUUCUCCCAACUCCACCCAAACAAAUGUUUUCCCUUCGUCCGCGUUGCCGUGGGAUCCAAGCGAUCACAACCCGGAGCGGAGUGCAGCGUUUAAUUUGAUCUACGUCAUCAUUCCCAGCAUCCCGCUGAUCCUGCUGCUGCUGACGGUGAUCGGAGUCUGCUGCUUCAAGCUGCUCGGCCGACGAAACAGGAAGCAGCAGAAAUCCGAAGUGUGCCAGACGGAGCCGGGCCUCUGCCCCAGCUCGGCUCCCGCCGACGUCUACAACGUCAUCCGCUCCCAGAUGGACGACGACCUGGUGUCGGCGCGCCCGCAGACCAAAAACACCUCCUUUUUAAGCUCCUCCCCCGACACCCCGACGGGCGACUACGACAACCUGGGCGGCCGCGACACGGAGAGCGGCUUUGUGACGCUGGCGAGCACGGAGAGCUGCCUCCUCAACUUUGACCUCAGUGACCUCAGCCUCGGGCGUCGCACCACCCACGACUUCUACAACACCAGCUUGGGCCGCGCCGCGAAGAGGGACUUGAAUGACCGCGGCCUGAGCGGCGGCGGCGAGCACGGACGGUUUCAAGACAGGAGUCUAGGCCGCCGCACGACGAAGAGCGAGCACUUCGGCAGCGGCGUGUACGGAGGCCACGCGCUGUACGACGGCAGCACCAGAGGAGCGGGCGACCUCUACGACCCCAAACUGAGGCCGCCCGGAAGCCACGCGGUGAAAGCUGACCUCUAUCAGACGUACAUCACCAACGGCAAAGAAGACGCUUACCGAACCAGCCUCGGAACCUACGGGAACAGGAAGUCCUACCAGGCGAAUCUGGAUUGCUACAGAAAUGGCCUGAACGUCGACGUGGGAAGGAGAUACUUCAACGAACAAGACUGGAUCAACAGAGAAAACUACUGAUGCUCUGAACACCGUUACCGUGCCGACAGCAGUGUGUGUGCACGGGGACGAGAGAACUGUGCAUGUGCGUGAAUUGUUUGUAGGGUAGAUUUUGUAUUUUGUCUUUUAGGGGAUUG